UCAUGUAUUUACGAUAAUCAAUAGAACAAAGGAAAGUAUACAUAAAUAACUACUGACUACUUACUUAUAUUCUGACAUUUUAAAAUCACUACGCGCGGUGACAUCAUCACCACAUCUCUCUUUUUUUCACUGCAACACAGCAGUACAUACAGUGUACUAAGUACUCCAUUAAAUUGUGUCUGUCAGUUGAACACAGUAUGACGCAGUAGAAGGUCGUAAUAAUUGUUUUCUAUAAAUCCAAUGAGAUUUCGGAUAGUGAUUAUCUAUUUCUGCACAAUGGAAAUAUAAAUAUUUUUGUUAAAUAGGCAAUUAAUUAAUGAAAGCAAGAUGUCUGCAGACUCACCAAGAAGAGGACUUCAUCGGGGUAUCCAAGUAGUUUCACCUCAGCCGAUUAGUGAUCGAUCAAUAAUUGAUAGUGUUGCUGGAAUCAUCAAUGACAUUGUUCCACAAGCGUAUACUGGUUCACCUAACUCAGACAACAAAGAAUCAAUAACAUGGGCUCGCUUUGAGUAUGCAGAUGUCAAUGAUCCAUCUUUCUUUCCUGAUUAUGUCGAAGGAUCUAGUACACCACCAUUACUGUUGGUUUUGGGGUACACAACUGGUGUACAGGUUUGGCUAAUAGCAGCAUCUGGCGAAGCAACUGAAGUUCUAUCGUGGAGACAGAGUGUUGUUCGUAUUCUAAGAAUUUUACCUGACCCGAAAAUAGUUGAAGAUCAUGCUGACCUGUAUGAAAAAAAACGACCAAUAAUAGCUAUAUGUGAUUCUGCUGGGCCUGGACCUCAAUUUUGCAGUGUUAAUUUUAUUUCCUUGAGAACUGGAGAACAGUUAAAAAGCAUCAAAUUCAAAAAUUCUGUUUGUGAUGUCUUAGCAAAUAAAAGAUCAAUAGUAGUUACAUUUUCAGAGAAGAUAGCUGUUUUUGAUGCUCGAACAUUUGAAGAUAUUUUAACUGUAACAACUUGUUACCCGUGCCCUGGUCUAAAUCCUAAUCCCGUUGCUCUUGGAACAAGAUGGUUUGCUUACAGUGAGAAGAAGUUAAUACCCGCCCGACGUAGUAGCGGUGGAAGUGAAGGUGAAGGUGUACAAAGUUAUACAGCAACAGUUUUGUACGCAGCUAAAUCAUUGGGUAAAGGAUUACGUGGACUUGGUGAGACAGUAGCCUCGAGUUUAACUGGAAAUUCAGUGACUCCUAUGAUAAUCAAUAACAGUGGUAGCGAUAUCACACAACCUGGCGUCGUUACAAUACUAGAUUUACAUGCAAUAAAAGAAGAAAAAGAGCUUGAUGAUCCGGCUAUUGAAACAGUGGUUGCUCAUUUCACUGCUCAUAGUGACGCUAUUGUUGCUAUGACAUUCGAUUUAACUGGAGCUAUUUUGAUGACUGCUGAUAGACGAGGACAUGAUUUUCAUGUAUUUAGAAUACAACCUCAUCCUGGUGGACCAACAUUAGCUGCCGUGCAUCAUCUUUAUGUUUUACAUCGUGGUGAUACUACAGCUAAAGUACAAGAUAUGGUUUUCUCAAGUGACACAAGAUGGGCAGCAGUAUCGACGGUUCGCGGAACAACUCAUGUAUUUCCAGUGGCUCCUUAUGGUGGACCUGUGGGUAUGAGAACUCAUUCUACACCUCAUGUUGUGAACAGGCUCUCCAGGUUCCAUAAAAGUGCCGGUCUUACUGAUGAUGGUACAAGGUCUCAUUCUCCCGUUUCUCAUACUGAAUUGCAACCUUCUGUCUACCCGUAUUCUAAUCCAAGACUCCCGCCGUAUCCACAUCCAACGAUUCUUCAUCCAUUAGCGCAGAUUCGUCAACCUUCUACGUUAAAUCACACUAAUAAUCAAUCUCAACCAAGUAGACCUCAGCAACGACAACGGUUACAUUCUGACGAUAAUGGAACACUACCUUUAAAAAUUUGUGCUUGUUUUGCACCAUCAAGAGCAUGGAUUUAUACACAAAGAGAGUCAACAAAUAAAGUUUCUAAACGGGCUAUUGACUCAUUAUUCAUAAUGGCAUGUCAUGGAAAUAUGAUUCAGUAUGAUUUAGAACCAAAACCAGCUACAGGUGUACCGAAAGAAAAAGUAUGUGAUGACACUACAAUUGAAUUAGAAGUCGAAGCAAAAGGACAGUGGCCAUUGCUGAGAAUGCCAAAUUCUUUUGAAAUACUUCCUCCGCUUUCUUCAAUGAGUCCAUUGUUUUGUUAUUCUGGAUCACCAAGGAGCGUUCAGAGUUUGGAUAGUGCAGAAGAUCGUUGGUUGAGUCAAGUGGAAAUUGUAACUCAUGCAGGACCACAUCGUAGAUUAUGGAUGGGUCCACAGUUUGUGUUUAAAACAUACAACACAUCUAGUGGGAUUAAUGUGGCAGAAUCCGAAGCCGUAGAAAUCGGAAUAAUUGGAGGAUCUCGGCCAGCACGAUCAAAUCCUGUUAAUAUGCCUCAUGCUGCAUCUCGACCUUUAGUGCCUGUUGUUAUUGAUGGCUCAGGAAGCAGUUAUGAACAGUCACCGAGAUUGACUGAAACCUUUGAGAAUUCAGUAGAAAAUGAUGGUGUUGGCAUAGGCAAUGGAGAAAAUCAACUUCGUGAGGAUCUUGCAGAGGCGAUGCUUGAGACAUCAGCAGCUGCUCAUCGUGCACCAGGGAGGCGAUUGGUAGUUGAGAGGGUGGGACAACCGGUUACUAAAGUCGUCAACCCUCUGGGCACCGUAAUAACUAUCUUGGCCGACGAGGAAGACGCGAGUUCGAGAGAGGAGUUUGAUGAUGAAGAAGAUUGUGUUCCAGAUGCUCCUAAGAGCUUAUGCGCUGAGGAGGGACCCGCUUCUCUCGGAGAUUUUCAAUCUGAGGGCAGUUCACUUCGUAAUAUUACAGAAAUAUGCGCUGAAAUGCGUGCGGCUAGUGAACCAGCUAUCGAUGGUGUACCAGACGAAAAUAUCCGGGAUGUCCAAGAACAAAAAACACUUUGUGUUGAGGCUGCCACUAUGAAUGCUGCUGAUAAUGCUAUAGAUUUCGAGCGUGAAGGAGCAUUUCGUGAUAUACCGACCAGUUUGAGUCUCUGUGCUGAACAAGGUGAGAUUCCAAAUAGUCCUAUGACUCAAGCUCGAGAAAGCUCUUGGUCUAGUCGUUUAAAUAAAUGUGAAGAAUCUCAAAUUCAACAUAAUUUUGCUGCGGCUAAAUACAUUGUUAAUUAUGAUGAACAAAAUGUUGUUUUAGCUGAAAAUAAAUUAUCAUAUGAUAAAUUAGAAAGUAAAUCUGUUAAAAAUAAAAAUGAUUCAUUUAAUAUUGAAGAAUCUGAACAUACUCCUAAAAAAUCUAGUAAAAAUACUGCCACUAAUUUACCGGUCAAUAAACGCACGUCAACUGUAAAUAAAGAACGACCUAAAUAUUUAAUUCGUGAACAUGAAGACAGUAUUCUUAUUGAAGAUACUAGUGUUCCUAUUAAAACUAAAAUAACUGAACCAGUAGAAAAAAAUAUUUCACCUGAUAGCAAAAUAACAACAGAUGUUAAGAAAAAACAGAAUGAUGAUGAGUUUAAAAUAGAGCGUAAUCAAAAAGACAGUGUUAAAAAUGUAGUUGUUGUUGCCGAUGAACCUGAAGUUAUGGUAGUAGAGAGUAAAUCAAUUGAAACCAUUGAUUCGUUUGUUGAAUUAAGAGCACCUGAUAUUUUUAAUGAACGAAUUAAUACUGUCGAGGCUUGUAGAGAAAUAUUAGAACCGAUGGAAGCUACAGUUGCUACUGCAAUUGCAUGUGAUAUUGCAUCGUUACCAUCUGAUUUACCACCACCACUUGAUGAUUUUCAUUGCAUUGAUUAUCAUAUCGUCGAAGCUAAUGUUUUUCGUAUGAAAGAUGCAAUGUAUCUCAAUCAAUAUGAAGAUGAUAUUGAGCAUAUUCAUAAUAGUGAAGAUAUUUUGAAAAUUGAUGAUGAUAAAAUGGAUUGCGAUCGAAGUAAAACUACGAUUGAUGAAAUAGAAUCAUCACCGUUGCGACAAAGAAAAAGUAGCAAAAGUACUAUUUCAGACGAUGAUCUUGAACAUAUUAAUACUUCAGAGCUAACUGAAUUAUACGAAAAAGCAAAAACGUUAAUCGUUGAACAAAGCGACGACGUUAACUUGCCAGAUAUUUAUCCACUGUCGACUGGUAAAAUUGGGACGUCGUCAGAUGAUGAACUUGAACAUGUCGCACACUCAGAAUUCACCGAACUCAAUAAAUCACCGUCACCAGUAAUACCAUUAGAAUUAUCACCACCGCUGUGUUUAAAAUCGCCUGUAAAUAAAUCAAGAAAAAAAUCGGCAACAAAUGAUGAAAUAAGUAAAGCCUCGAUAAAAUCUAGAACUUCAAGAAAACGUAAAGAUGUCGUUGUGAUUGAUAGUGAAAUAACGGAAGCCGAUGUUACUGUUAUUGUGAAACCACACGAUCAUGCAGAAAAUUGGGACAAGAGUAAAAGUCCUGAAAAAGAUUUAGCUGAAGAAAUUGAUCGAUGUGUAGAACCUGCUGAUCGAUCAAUAGAACCAACAGCGUCUCAGAGCUUACCGAAGAAGACACGAGUUAGAACGAGUAAGAGUUCAAAUUCAACUGUACAAAAAACAUCAGCAUCAAAACUUAUUGAGAUUAUUGAUAUAGAUGCUAUGCAAAAAGCUGAGAUGGAAGUAGCAAGUGGUAUUACAAUACCUGAAUGUAAAAUUUUGGAACCAUGUCCAGAAAUACCAAUUGCUAGAAUGAAAAAGUCACGGCGUAACAAAGAAAUUGAAGUGGAUAAUGAAAGUUGUAAAGUAAUUAAAUCUGAUUCAUUAAAUGAAUCUCGACCAACUGAAGGAAUUGAUUGGUGUCCAACAGAUCAGAAAAAAGAAUCAGAUAUUAGUACAACUAAAAGUAGUACAGUAGAAUGUUCAAUUGAUGAGCCAAAAACGUCAAAGGAUCAAACAGUUAGUGAAAAUAAACCAAUCAAAAAACGUGGUAAAAAAUCAAUUUCAGGUUCUGAACGCGUUUCUAGUACAAAUUGUCAAUUUAGCCUUAAUAGUGGAACUUGUGAACCUUAUAAAUGUAAUUCUACUGAAGAUCCUUCUAUUUUGAUCUCAACAAGCUCAUCAAUGGAAGUAACGCCGUGUAUAAAAGAUACAGAAAAAUGUAUCGAAGAAACUGUAGAUGUAGCUAUACCAGAAGAUGUACAAAUUACCGUUGAAUUAAAAACUAACGAUGAAAAUUUACCUAGUAACAGUAGUGGAGAUUUGCUGGAACAGCAGCAACAUCAACAAAAACAAAAUGAUUCAAAUGAUGAAAUUGCACCAGAACGAUCAAGUUCAUCAGAUGAUCUCAAUGCUAACGUAGUUCCAAUGGAUACUGAAGAAGACAGUGGGGUAAAAGAAGUAGUUGAUAAACCAAAUUCAACUACUGCUUCUCCAUCUUGGUCAACUGUAGGCAAGAAAAAUAACAGAUCUAAGAAAAAGAAACGCAGAUGAGUAAAGGAUUGCGUAGACAUGCCUAAAGCAAGCCUUGCUCUCUAUAUACUACUUAUGCAAGUUGCUGGGGUGGAUUAAUAAUUAAUACAUAAUUAAAUUAAUUCUAUAAUAAUAUUAAUAAUAAUUAAAAAAUAACAAUAAUAACCUUAUUAAUUAAUUGAUUUAGAGUGUAGUUAUUACAAUUGUAAUAGAUAAAUGAUAGAUAAUAAUAAUUUAUGAUUGUUAGUAGAUAGUUAAUCAACGAAGUAGUUUUUGUUUGGAUAAAUAAAAAUUUGUUUAAUCAAGUAUUUUCAAAAUAUUGUAUUGUAGAUUGAAAAAACAAAAUUAACUGCGAAUCCGUCAGCAUUAUAAAAUAAUGUCGCAUUUCUUAAAAUUUUUACGUAGUUUCGAUCUCAAAAAUUAUAUGACUAUAAAGAAAUUUUUUUUUCUAGUUAAUUUUUUUUUAAUAGUUCAAUAAUUUUAGUAUUAAAAUAAUAUAUUAAUUUUGCGAUCUUGCAAAAAGUAUUAUAUAUAGAGUGUUAUUAAAUAUAUCUAUAUUUUUUUUCUUUCUGAUUUAAUACAGAAGUAAAAGUAUUUUCCUUCGUAGCGAAGAGUAUGUAUUUCUAAAAGAAAAAACAAAAAAAACAAAAAUUGUUAAAUUGAUCAUGGAUACUUUAUUGAUAAUAAAUUAUAUUAAUGAGUGAUUUUAAUUGAUUUUAAACUGUUCAUAAAAAAAAUAUAUUUAGCUUUGUUGUAUUAUGAGUAAAAUAAAAUACAAUAUUAAUAGAUUAUAUUGUGUGUCAAAAGUAAAGCCUUUGAUAUAUUUUGUUAAUUGAAAUUUUCAAUUUUUUUAACAAAAGUUAUUGGUAGCAUUUUUAGUCGGUAUUCAUUUUGGCAUUAUACCUUGAUUAAUGAAGAAAUUCUCAUUAUUUAAAGUAAAUAUAAUAUUUAACGCUUUAAAAAUAAAUCUUUGUUUUAUGUAAUUUAAAAAUUUAUCACCUUUAAAAUUUUUAUUUGUUGCUAACUCUCGAUAAUGUUUUCUUUUAUCAAAUUUUUAAUAUCAUAAAUAUAAAUGUGAUUUUAAUCUACUCAUUCAAUUUUGCUUUUGAAUUAUUUCAUUCGACUCAAUUUUAAAAUUUACAAAUAAAUGUAGGUAAUAGUAAGUAAUUUCCUAGCUAGAAAAAAGCGCUUAUAUAAAUCAUCACCAGUUUUAAAUAAAUCUGUUUGUGCAGUUCCACCCUGUUCUAUUUUUUAGGAACUUUUUUUUUUCUUAGAAAAUUCUAUUAGUUGAUAAUUAGCUUUAACAAAUAACAAAAUAUAAUUUUAAUGUACCGUAAAAAAUAUAAAUAAACACUCCCGUCCGCUACAUAACCAGUAUAAUUACAAUUUAUUCUUGUAUUCAACUAUGCUUUGUAAUUUAUUUUUUAAACGUUAGAAAAAAUACACACAUAUAUCCUUUCGAAAAUAUACUUUUUACGGU